AUGGACGGGAAACCUCUUGCGUCUGCCCAUGGCAACCUUCCUAAGCAACAAACACAUGAUGUCGACGACAAGCCCAAAGCUACUGAUGCUCCCCCGAUAUCCGCCCAGCGACCCACAGUCACCCUUGCAGCAGACCCGACCCACGAUCCGGAAGACCCUUUGCGACAUAAGACCAUAGCAGACUCUGAAAAGUUCGAUUCCGCAUCAUCUCAAAACGACACAAACCUAGGCGACGUCGCAGAUAUCCGAAAUGCCAGCAUCUCUCCCAACAAUACUCCAGCCAAGAAGCUGAACACGACCCAAACCGUCAUCAUCUUCAUGACAAACGAAAUUGGAAUUGGCAUUCUGUCAUUACCCAGUGCACUCAACACGCUUGGUUUCUUCCCAGGUAUCGUGGCCAUUAUUGGUAUGGGUAUGCUCAGUCUGUAUACUGCUUACAACCUGAUUCAAUACUGGCGAAAAUAUCCUUACAUGCUGAACAUUGUUGACUAUGGGCGCGUCCUUGGUGGGCCCUGGGUCGAAGCUGUGUUUGCCAUUGGCUUUCUCAUCAACAUGGCGCUCAUCAGCGCGUCGGCUGUCGUCACCAUCUCCAUCGGUCUCAACACGAUUAGCGAGCACGCAACUUGCACGGUUGCCUUCACAGUUGUCGCGGCUGUCGUCAUGUGGGCCAUGUGUGUACCUCGAAGCAUGCGCUUUGUAUCAUGGGCCUCGUGGCCUUGCACAUUCUCUAUCUUCGCCGCCGUCCUCAUGGUCAUGGUCAUUCUGGGUGUCCAAGGCCCACGGAACCCGGAAGCGGCGCUCAAUCUCAAGGCCAUCGGUAGCCCGACUUUUACACAAGCUGUUUCUGCAUUCCUCAACAUUGCAUUUGCUUUUAGCGGUAACCAGGCAUUUCCGACAGUCUUGGCGGAGAUGGAGAACCCCUCCCGCGAUUACCCCAAGGCUAUCAUUAUCGAGAAGUGUGCGACAACUACCAUUUACGUCAUUGUUGCUGCAGUUGUGUACGCAUUAUCUGGAGAGCAAGUCGCAUCGCCCGCACUCGGCUCGCUUCGUCCCGUCAUGGCUAAAGCCUCGUACGGAGUUAUCUUCGUGGGGCUCUUGGGCACUGGUCUUAUUUUUGGUAUGACAGCAGCACGCUACCUCCACAUUUACUUUGUCCGCCAAGUCAGCACCCACGUCGGCAAGAAGACUGAUUGGUUCAUCUGGGUGUUCUCCGUAUCCCUCUUCUGGAUCACCGUCUGGAUCCUCGCCAAUGCGAUCCCAGUCUUCAGCUCCCUCCUCAAUAUCUCCGCCGCUUUGCUUCUCUCUUGGUUUACCUGGGGUGUCACCGUCCUCUUCUGGUUCGACCUCAACAAGAACGGCAAGUGGCGCUCCAGCAGCAAGAAGAUUGCAACUGCCGUUUUCAACAUCUUCAUCAUGUGCGUGACGCUGUUUAUGGUAGGACCCGGCAUGUAUGCUAGUAUUGAUGCGUUGAUGAAUACGUUUGCGACGACAAAGGUCAACGGGGCGUUUACUUGUGCUGAUAAUAGUAUUUUGUAG